AUGAGCGACUUGCAGAAGGCUUGGGCAAAGAAGAAGCUGAACAUCAUGGCUCCCGAAGGCUUCAACGAGCUGGACGAAGACCAUGAGGACGGCCAUCUCCCUGAGCUUCCGGAGAUUAACGAUGACGACUCUUCAUCUGCCUCGUCAGCUUCGUCAACGGGAACAAUUGUCCCCUCACCGAGUAGGAAUUUAUUCGCAAGACCACUUGGGCCGCCCAGAGAAACCAUCUUGUUGGCACAGCAGCAGAUGAACUGGAAAGAGCUACCGCCUAUCAUCCUGGUCGGGCACUCCCUAGGUGGUGCUGUAGUGACUGACCUGGCGAAAAGUGGAAGCUUGGGCAGCUCCUUGCUCGGGUAUGCCGUCCUCGAUGUUGUUGAAGGGUCUGCUAUGGACGCAUUACAGAGCAUGCAAACCUAUCUCUCGACACGGCCGUCGGGUUUUGCGACUCUCCAAGCAGGCAUUGACUGGCAUAUUCGGUCGAGGACGAUCCGCAACGCCAUGUCGGCGAGGACAAGCGUCCCGGCUCUGCUUGUGGAAGAUGAUAGCUUCGGUCCUUCGCGGCCGUGGAGGUGGAGGACAGACCUAGCUGCAACGGAACGUUUCUGGCCGGACUGGUUUGUCGGUCUGAGCAAGAAGUUUUUGGAGGCGAAGGGUGGAAAACUUCUCUUACUCGCCGGAACAGAUCGCUUGGACAAGGAGCUGACAAUCGGCCAAAUGCAAGGAAAAUAUGCGCUACAGGUCUUCCCAGAAGCUGGGCAUUUUGUCCAUGAAGACUUGCCGGAGAAGACGGCGCAGGUGCUCGUUGAUUUCUACAGGCGUAAUGACAUGAGUGCACUUGUACUACCUCCCAAGGUGUCCGAACUACUGGCACAAGGUAAGAGGGUGUAA